AUGAAAUCAUGCAUAAAAACAAUCAUCGCUUUUCUUUAACUAAAACCAAAAUCACUCCACCGCUAAAACCAAAACCCUUCCCACGUUCUACGACUUCUACCUCUUCCUUCCUUCUCCCACCACGAUUUACACGGUUAAGGAUCUGUUCCCAAUUGAAUUCAAGAGUUUAAUUCCAAUCCGAAAUUUCUCAAAUCCAAAUUUAAAGAUUUCACUUCAAUCUAAAUCCAGAUAUUUUCGUAUUUAUCUUCUUCUCCAGCGAUUGUCUCUCGGCGGAGAUUAAUAUCUGGCGAACAUUUUUCCCGGCUUCUUGUGGUUGAAUUAUCAAUUGGUUUCCCACCAUUACCGAUUUAGGAGUUUGUUCAGCAUCUAACACCUUCUCAAUCGAGUGUCCUGCACAAGGAAAAAGAAAUUGGAGACUCAAGUGAAGCAGACUAGCAGAGUAUGAGAAGGCUAACAACAUAAAUGAUGAUGAUGAUGAUGAUGAUGAAGAUGAAGAUGAAGAGGAUGCCACAAAAAUCCGCACUCCUAUUCGCUUGAUAAAGCGUCGAUAACUGACUAACUGGAGAAUCAGAUGACUAUGGAGCUAUUGGGUGAUCUUUGUUUUAUCUGGCGGAUGCUUAUCUUCAUUGAGUGAGUGAGAUGCUUGAAUCUGUAGGGCAUGAAUUCAUGGAGGAGUUUAUCCAUUGUUUUGAUUCCAUCUUGGCAGCUAAUGGUGUUCUUGUCCUACAGGAGAUGUUGUUUCUUCUUCAGUUUAUAUCAAUACGUGAUGAGCGAUAUGAUGAAUACAGGAGAAGCUCAUAUUUCAUUAAGGAAUAUAUUUUCCCAAGCGGAUGCCUACCUUGCUUGAGCCGAGUAACAUCAGCAAUGGCUGCUGCGUCCAGACUUAGUGUUGAACACAUAGAAAAUAUUGGGAUACACUACUAUAAAACAAUCAGAUGUUGGCGAAAAAAUUUCUUGGAGCAUCAGAGCAAAAUUCUUUCACUCGGGCCAUAAAUUUCUACUUGAAGGCUGAUGUUGACUCUUUGAAGGCUGCAAUCAGCUCUGUUGUUGACGUGAUGCAGGCGAUCUUGUUGACGUGAUGCAGGCGAUGGGUUCCUGUAUCUGUUCUGUGCUAUCAAAGGUUAGUUGAAGAUCAUCAAACUACUUAUAAUUAAUAAUAACGAGAAUUUGACUACAAAGAUAAGGAAAUUAAUAGAACUAUUUUAGUUUCAUUUCUAUCAAUUUUGUUCUUUUCAUGAACAACUUUUAUGGAUUUACUACCAAGGAAGUUGGACUUGUUGAAUUAGAUAAAGGAAACUACAGUUUGUUGGUUUCUUACUGGUGAUGAGUUUGUGGGGUAGGUUUCAUGGGAUUUAUCUCCUGCCAUUUUAAGGUAAAUAUCCCGAGGGAGUUUCUUUGAAACUUGUCUGAAACCUUGUGUUCAACCUUCUAGUACAAAUCAUUCACUAUAUAUAACGAAUUGCAUAGGCUGCCUAUUCUUGGAACUACUCGAAUAUUUGAAGAUGGUAUGUAUUUUUCUUUGUUCAAUUAAGCCUAGACAUUAUUAUAUGCAUUGUCACUAAUUAUGUUAAUUUUUUCAUUUUGUAGUACUUUCAUGAUUGCAAUGUUCCGAAUUAUGAUCAAGGAAAAAUUGAUGAAGUCAGAGCUCAAUGGACGCGUCAUGUUCUUCUCGUGUGAAUAUUGUGAUGUAUUAAUUAUGUUUUUCGACUAGAAUUUCUCUAGAACGUUUUAAUUUUAGUUUAUUGGUUUGAAUUAAAAGAAGUACUAUAUGACAAGGAUACUUCUUUCUGUUUUCUAGUUUGUUUUUAUUCUACUGUGUAUUUAGGCAUAUAUGAUUUUAAGUUAUGCACGAGACAUCGACGUUUAUUUGAUAUGAUAGAAAUGAAGUUGGAUCUUAUAUAUAUGUAUUCGAUUUGA